CGUGAAGGUGAGGAAGAUAAAAAGAUUUUGAAAAAAAAAACACGCUGAAAGGAAGAGAGAGACUGUGGAAGACAGAAACUGAAAAACAAAGCCCUUAACUCGACGGCAGACUGGCGGAGGAACGACAACGGUCAACCGCACAUUCGCAUUCGCCGGAGCCGACGACGACAAGCGGUAAAGAAGAGGAACGAAGUUACGAACUUCGAACGAAGGAGUCACGAGAGUAGACGAAGCCACGAAGCGACGCCGCCACCCUGCCACCCCCACCGCCCACGUCCAUUUGUCAUCGCCGACCUCCCGAGACGCCCAACACUCACUGAUUGUCACUUCAAUCAGUCAUGAAAGACUGACGAAGAGAGAAUACUCACGCAGCCACCGAGCCACGGCCCACUCGCUGCCCAUCGCCCACACACCCGGCGACCACCGCUAAUUUAUUGUAUAUUUAAAAUUCUCCCUCCGCGGCGCGGCGUCAGAUAAACAGCAGAAAUGUUCUUCCUGAGUCAAUUAGAGCACAGAUUGAGGUUACCACCACACUUGCUUAAUCUCCCUUUAGAAGAUUCCAUUAAGGGUCAGCUUCAAUCUAUCUUCUUAGACAAGGUGAUUGCGAAAUUGGGUCUUUGUGUAUCAAUUUAUGAUAUUAAAUCAAUUAAUGGCGGCUUUGUCUUGCCUGUUGAAGGUGCUCCCACUUACACGGUGGUUUUUCGUAUGAUCAUGUUCCGGCCUUAUGUUGGUGAAGUUAUUGCGGCAAAACUUAAAGAUUCAAACUCUAAGGGAUUACAGUUGUCUCUUGGAUUUUUUGACGAUGUAUACGUACCUUUCUAUGCUUUGCCUGUUCCAUCACAUUCUGAGCCUGGUGAUAAUCCCAAGCAAGUGAAAUGGGUGUGGAGGUUUAAUGAUGAAGACUAUCCUAUUGAUGAAGAAAGUGAGAUACGGUUUCGAGUUACUCGUGUUGAUUAUCCUCCAAUUCCUUUAGAACAAGAGGAAGGUUCAAAGCCCUUUGCUCCGAUGCUUGUUACUGGAUCACUUGACUCUGAUGGUUUAGGUCCCAUUGCAUGGUGGGUAUGAUUAGCGGCUGCUGGAGUUAGGAGCAGAUAUACCAUGGAGUGGGUAGGGGUGCGUUCCUGAAAAUUUUGUUUAGCCAUUAAUUAUAGAACUUUAAUUGUCAAAAAUAUGCAUAUAAACUAUAGCACAGUGGUUGAGUACAUACUAUGUUCUGAAGUCUGAACAAGAGACUAUAGGUUUAGAUCUUGGUCCCUCCCAUCUUUUUUUUGUCCAAAAUCCGUCACUAAUGGAAAUUGAUGUGGUUGUUGACGGGUAUAAUUCGUUGGUUGAAGCUGAUCACGAGAAACAGGUCGCAACCAUGUCGGCUAGUGUUUGACGUCUCUCUAACAGUUAACAUAGUAGAAAUCCAUGGCCAAGCUGCCUAACUUGGUUCUUGGUGCAAUGCGUAACUUGGUUACUUGUUAGUUGUUACUACUAGCUUUUUUUCUGGGGUCAUGUAAUGACAAUCUAUGUAUCUUCCUUGUAUUAUACUCCUUUUUUGCCAGGGAAGUUUCCUUUUGUUGAGAGACAUAACUUUGAAUCAA